CCCGCGAAAAAAAAAUACAAACACAUUCUUGAGGCAAAACAGAGCGAGCGCAGGUACUCCCGUGAAGCGGUGCGAGUGGGCCCGAUCUCGACGACAGUUAUUCUUCCCAAAAAGAUGAACAAUUCGAACCUGCGAGAUGCUUUUCAAUUUCUUACCAGCGAGGCCAAAGAUUUGUUCCUUCCGUCGAACAUACCGGAGACGUACGGUAUCCCGAGUUCGCUGGAAUUUGUGCGCGACUACGUAGCGAAAAACCUUCCCCUGAUAAUGCGCAACGCUGUGAACGAUUGGCCAGCGGUGGACAAAUGGAACUCCAAAUACUUUCGAGACACAAUUCCCGACAAAGAGGUAACGGUUGCGAUCACGCCCAACGGCUAUGCGGACGGUUUGGCCUUUCACGAGGAUGAAGAAUAUUUCGUCCUGCCGCUCGAGCAAACGAUGCGAAUGGAGGAUUUCCUCUCCGCCCUUGAUCACAAGGACCCGGACGUCAUUCCCUACAUACAGCGCCAAAAUUCCAACCUUACCGAGGAUUUUCAAGAGCUGUGGAUAGAUGUGAACGAAAGCAGUCUAGAUUUUGCUUCCGAAGCGUUUAACAAACAGCCGGAUGCCAUUAACUUUUGGAUGGGAGAUGAAAGGGCUAUCACAUCCAUGCACAAGGAUCCGUACGAGAAUAUCUACUGUGUGAUUUCCGGAUACAAAGACUUUAUCCUGAUCCCUCCGAUCGACCUACAUAACGUACCCCGGCGCCAGUAUCCGAUGGGUAUUUACAUGCAGGAAAAUGACGAUUCGAUAGUUAUCGAGCCAAUUCUGGACGAAAUAGGUAAACCACGGAUGAUCGAGUGGGUCGGCGUGGAUCCGUUGCAGCCAGAUCUGGAACGGUUUCCCUGCUACGCGGAUGCAACAACCUACGAAAUUCGUCUGAACGCUGGGGACUUGCUGUACCUUCCCAGCCUUUGGUAUCAUCACGUACGACAAAGCCACAAAUGCAUUGCGGUCAACUUUUGGUACGACAUGGACUACGAUGCCCGUUACUGUUUCUACAAAAUGAUGGAAAAACUUUGCAACUAUGGACAAUAAAUUUGGGCUGUGUGACGCACUAUAUUAUAUUUAAAA